CGGGAUAAUAAGGAAUCUUGCUUUAGUCUAUAUAGCACCUUUUAGCAGAUUGCUGGGGUACUUUUUAGAAACUACUAAGAUGUGCGACAGACAUAUUUUGCGUACGACCCAUGAGCGCGGACCACGCUUACCAAUCUCUAGUCUCGUAUAUUCCCGUCCUGAGAUUGACCCUAUCCUCGCUGGACUGAAGCUGAACUAUGAAAAAAACUUGACAUCUCAGCUAAAAGGACACAUCGCCGAGCUACCGCAUAGCUAAUUCCAUACGAUGAUUCUAAGGUGGUUUUCAAUCAGUGAUUGUUUUGGAUCAUCCCUUCGGCCUACAAGUAGGAC